AUACGUAGUACUGAUAUGCAUAUCAAAGAUUUUUUUUUUUGACAUUUGCAUUUGCACUAUAACUUAACCUAUUAACCUGUUCUUUUUGAAAUAUUUUAGUCACCAUGUCGAUUAUGGAAUAUAAUGGUGGGGCGAUAGUCGCAAUGGCCGGAAAGAAUUGUGUUGCUAUUGGAUCUGAUAAACGCCUUGGUGUUCAAUUGAUGACUGUGUCAACUGAAUUUCCAAAAGUAUUUCCCGCAACAGAUAAAACUUUUAUAGGACUUCCUGGUCUAGCUACUGAUAUUCGAACUUUAUCAGAAAGAUUUCGUUUUAAAAUCAAUAUGUAUAAAUUAAGUGAAGAACGCGAAAUUGAACCACGUACAUUAGCACAUAUGGUAUCCUCAACAUUGUACGAAAGAAGGUUUGGUCCAUAUUUUGUCGAGCCAAUAAUUGCCGGACUUGACAAAAAUAAUCAACCAUUUAUUUGUGGAAUGGACUUGAUAGGGUGUAUUAACUUUGCAAAAGAUUUUGUAGUAGGUGGAUCAACUACAGAUAGUUUAUUUGGAGUAUGCGAAUCUUUAUGGGAACCUGAUUUAGAACCUGAAGAUUUAUUUGAAACUAUUUCGCAAUCUUUAUUGAAUGCUGUUGAUAGGGAUAGUUUGGCUGGUUGGGGUGCUGUUGUCCAUGUAGUAACUCCUGAGAGGGUAAUCACUCGUACUCUCAAAACUCGUAUGGAUUAAAAAAUUUUCAUUCUUUGAAUAAAUAGAAAAUGACAUAUUCCAUUAUGUAUUUUCAAAUUUUCGGGGCAAUUGAAAUAUUAAAUUCACGAUAUUAAAAACAUAUGUAAAGUUUAUGAUAAAUAAAAAGAUCACAAUGUUUUAUCGCGUUUAAAAAAAUCACACUCCGGUCAAUUCCCGUUCCAUUAGUAAUAUUUUUUAAAGUCAUCCGAUAUAUCAAGAAAUCUGAUAUAUCAAGAACAAAUUUAAUAUAUUAUAUAACUCUGUUAUACCAAGAUUUUACUUAUGUACAUCGAAUUUCAUUCAUGUGAGCGCUUCCGAUUAUUAAGAGACUAGCCUAGGUAUAGAAAAUGAUAAAUAAAAAUUUCGCGAGGUUUUGAUCUUUUUAUUUAGAAUAGU